AUGAGGGCUUUGGAUCACGAGGAAGAAGAAGGUCACGAGGAAGAGGCGACGCUAUCUAUCGAGGCAAGGGCGACCAAGGGGCCACCUGGAAUCGAACCGAAACCUGGCGGGCCCCCGGCCGGCGAAUCAGCGCCGGGGCUGAUCACUGUGCAGCCCUCCCCACUCGCCAGCCCCAAAUGCCUCCCACCACCCGAGCACACUGUGCGUCCAGCCAGUCUGAGUGGAUCACCACCCUGUCCUGCCGCCCCGUCGCCGCCCUCGCUCGCUCGCCCGCUCUAUCCAUCCCUGUCCCGCAUCCGCGACCAGGAGGAAGAAGAGUCGUUGUGCAUCACCGAACAAGACAAGACGCCGCGUCGCGCUUGGUGGUCCGAGGCCGAUUGA